AUGUCAGAGUUGGGCGUUCCUGGGCCAAGGCCAAGAGGGCGCCUCAUUCUGAGCAGUACAUGGUACGAGGAAGUUGGCAAAGGUGCUCAAUUCCAAGUGUUCAGGCAUUCGGAAGUGGAGAUUGUGGCGAAGCGAGUGCGUCUUGAAGUCAUGGCAAAUGACAAUCCGGGCCAACUUCAGGACUUGGAGUUCGAGAUUCGGGCACUGGCCAAUUCGAAGAUAUAUGAACAUCCUAAUAUCAUAGACUUAUUGGAUUGGGGAUACGAUACCAUCCACGAACUACCCCCCGAUGAUCAAGAUCUUAGGAACUUACAAAUGCCAUUGAGGGUUCCUGUACUCCAGAUCUGUAGGGACAUUGCUGCCGGUCUAGAGUGCCUCAGGGACUGCCGUAUCAUACAUAAUGAUCUGAAAUCGGAAAAUGUGCUGGUUUUUAGAGAGGGUGACAAAUCGGACAUUACGGCAAAAUUGGCAGACUUUGGAUUCGCUACUGAUCCCCAGAAGAACAAGAGCUUGACGUUCGCUUCUUAUGGGAGAACAAAGGCCUGGAAACCUCCUGAAUCAUUGGAUUACGACCCUGUACGCCAUAAAACCUGUAACGAAGACCUACUGUUCAAGUCAGAGAGCUAUGCUUACGGAAUGCUUGCCCUAUAUACGUUAUUUUCACCACCCGGCCGGUCUUUUUCACUCCCGUUUAGUCGAGAGAAAUAUCACCGAGAACAUGAAAUCAACAUUCGAGUGAAGAGUGAUGAUCUGAGUGUAUCCCAGCAAGACAUGCGCGCCACAUGGGUUGCUAUCGAGUCUAGCUUUCUUGCAGAGCACCCAGAGGACCGUCAUCAUGUGUCACUUUCAGAGCUGGAAUUUUCCGCAACCGUACUGCCAGCUGGAAGCUUUGUAUCGAACCAGGAGCAGCGCAUAUUGCCCCGUCGAAGACCACCACUUUACAACAAAGGAUGGAGAUUUUAUAUCAAGUUACAACCUGAGCUAUUCCAACUUCUCAAUACGGGUGUAUCCACUGAAUUGCAAGGCUAUCCAGGAGAUAUUCUCUUUGGCAUGGCGCUUAGCCGGGCGAGUGCAAAACUCAAAGAAUACCACAGCGAUGUAAAAAGCCUGAUAAAUGGAGCGACUGCCGUAGCUCAGCCCUCAAUUCGCGCUGAAGGAAUUGUAAUGCGGAUAAAUUCUGCCAUACCAGGCGGUGGUUCCGAAAAACACGCGCAUACGCCUAAUCCCAACCUUUACGAAGCCGCAGCAUCUGGCUCAAUCACGGCAUUUUCAGACCUUCGGAAGUCUGAUACCAAUAAGGCUAGAACGGCCGAGCAAGUGUUUCGAUGCAAAGGCGGAUAUAAUCGCGAAAGCAUUCUUGCAGCCAGAUUCGAGUAUACCGCUAUCAAACAGAAGAUCAUAUCCUCCGCCAACAGCAGUACCUCUCUCGCUCCUAGUGAGCUUUGCAUUACAAUCGGGCCAGAUGAAAUUUAUGACGACCAUUCUGACCCUCGGAAUACGCUCUUACAUCUCGCCGCUGCUUUCGGUGUGUGUGAAGCGAUCAUCCAUUUGACAGAGGAUAAGCAUCUAGACUUGAAUGCUCGAAAUACGGAAGACGAGACACCGCUUUAUAAAGCUAGCAUAGCGGGACAGUAUGAAGCCACCGUACUAUUGCUAAAUCUAGGUGCAGAUCCUUCCAUCUGCGUGAGAAGAACGCAAGUUACGUGCCUACAUUGGCUUUUCGUGUUCGAUCCAUCACGCAUGAGUGAAGUUGCCCGCGAAUUGAUGUCACAUGGCACUCUUGUAGACAAAUAUGCAAGACCACUUGUCAAUGGAAACUACAUCUUUGAGGAAUCUGUUCACUAUCCUUUCCACUGGCCUAUUGGGGCCCAUACUUGUCAACAAUUCGGCUAG